UUCACACCCUGUGCUAAGGUGUGGGCAAGCAUCAAUUUCAAGGGGUCUGUAUUUGUGGGUAUUAAGGGAGUGGAUGUUGAAAGUCAGCAAUUGUGGGAACAAUCCAGUGCUUACUUGCCGUCAUGACUGAUCUGACAGUGACUGCACGUUCCCCUUCCCAAGACAAAGUGAGGCUGUGGCUGCAGGAUGUUGCUCAGGUGCCCUAUGAAUUGCUUACCCCACCUUAAGGCAGGGUGCAUAUGCUAGUCUGGCUCCCCUGAGCUGGUCAGCCACCUCCCCUUCUCCUAGGAUGACUCCCUGUUGCCCUAGACUGGGCUGCUGCUCACCUCCACCCCCACUGUGACAUCCACAAAAGCUUAAGGACAGGCAACAUUGCUGGCUGCCAUCACAUAGCCAGCUCCCAAACCCUUAAGCCCAAUGGGGACAGCACCCCACCCCACCCCCAUGGGAGUGCGUAGACCUCCCAGCCUGCCCCAGGCGAUGCUCACAUUUUCCAGUGUUUAGAUUUUAUCCACUUUAUUAAUGAGGCAGGCAAGAGGCCCGGGUGAGGGUGUGGGGGUUGCUUCAGCUCCACUGAGAGGAGGGGGUCACAGAACAGACCAAUUCAGAGAACUUCAGUCCUUGGCCGUGAGAAACCGGGCCCAAGUGGCCCUGACCAUUGCCAGCCGCAAAGGUUUCGCCCACUCAAGGCUCCCAGCUCCAGCAGGCAGACAUGCUUGGGGUGGAGCAGCCCCUGGAGGCCAGUGGGGUGCGGGUGGAGGCGGCACAGAGCUGAGGAGCCGCCCCAGGAAGAGGGAGCGGCCUGCCGGGAGCCAGGGAGCAGCUGGCGCGGGCAACAGGAGCCUAGUUCCGGGCCAUGGGGACCCUGCAUCCUGAGCAGCACUGGGUAAGAAGCUGGGACUUGAGGGUCGGCAAGCAGGGAAAAGGAGAGCAUUGAAAGAUGGGCUAUGGCCACCCUGGUCUCACUAUGCUCGUGGCUCUCAGCCCAGGGCUGUCUGUUCAUAUGCUUUAGCCCUCUUAAUUAGAGAAUGAAGAACACGAGUAUGGGGUGGGCAUCUGAAAAUGAGACAAUGCCUGAUUAGUGAGGGAUUGCCAUGGAGACAGAGGUGUGACUCUUGACAACAGAAUGGGAUUCCAGGUAAAGAGGCGGGCCAGAGUAGUCUUAAAAGCACCGAAGAGAACAGAAAUGGGUCCAUGGAAGCAGGAGUCAGUGGGGACAGAGAGGACCCUGGAGACAGAUGGGGCUACAGGGCACAGCAAUGAGUCUUUAUAGAGAUGGUUUGUUUGGGGAGAGAUGAAACUGGAGAUCAAGAGUAGGUCUCUGGAAGCAGGAGCACGGCCAUGGGAAGAGACGGGAUAUAGUAGUGGAAAUGUUGGGACAUGGACAUCAAGGGCAGGAUUAAAAGAUGACCAACCAUUGAUCCUGGUGCUGUGACCCUUCAAUCUCAGGACACAGGAAGCAUAGGCAGGUGGAUUUAAGUUUAAGACCAGCCUAGUCUACACAGCCAGUUCCAGACCCAACCAAAGAGACUUACAAAAAAGAGAGGGGGGUGGGCAGAUAUGGUGAAGGUUGGAGUUGGGAUCAGAAGUGGUGAAGGGUCUAUUCCAUGGGGGAUGGAACCUGAUGUGCUAGGAGGUGGUGGGUGGAGAUGAGGACCGAUACUGAGGACCUUUGCUAUGUCAGUCAAGUCCCCCAAAGCAGUAGACAGAGAAGACGAUGUGGGGGCACAAGGGAUAGAGCAGUGGGGGUACAGUGGGAUCUGAAAUGGAGCAGCCAGGGUCAUGUGGAGGUGCCCUGGGCAGAGAGGCCACAUUGCCUAUACAUGGAUUCUGGUGACAGGCAGCGGGACGCUAGCCUCACUGUGCCCUCCUCUUAUCUACCUAGCCCUCUUGGCCACUGAUAUGAGCCCCUGUGGGCUUAACGUGAGCCUAGUGGACGAGGCAACGUGUGCAACACCCAGGGCCCCCAACACAUCUGCGGUGCUGCCACCAGGCGAUUCUGGCACAUCACCAGUGCUGCCUAUCUUCUCCAUGACCCUGGGUGCCGUGUCCAACGUGCUGGCGCUAGCGCUGCUGGCACAAGCUGCAGGCCGUCUGCGUCGGCGCCGCUCAGCUGCCACCUUUCUGUUGUUCGUCGCCAGCCUGCUGGCCAUCGACCUGGCAGGCCAUGUGAUCCCGGGCGCACUGGUGCUUCGCCUGUAUGCUGCAGGACGUUCGCCUGCUGGUGGGGCGUGUCAUUUCCUGGGCGGCUGCAUGGUUUUCUUCGGCCUGUGCCCACUUUUACUUGGCUGCGGCAUGGCCGUGGAGCGCUGCGUGGGUGUCACGCAACCGCUGCUCCACGCAGCGCGUGUAUCGGUGGCCCACGCACGCCUGGCACUAGCCGCACUGGCCACCCUGGCUUUGGCAGUGGCGCUGCUGCCGCUAGCACAUGUGGGUCGCUACGAGCUACAGUACCCUGGUACCUGGUGUUUCAUUAGCCUUGGGCCUCGUGGAGGUUGGCGCCAGGCAUUGCUUGCCGGCCUUUUCGCUGGCCUUGGCCUGGCCGCGCUCCUUGCGGCACUCGUGUGCAAUACACUCAGCGGCUUAGCGCUCCUCCGAGCCCGCUGGAGGCGUCGCCGCUCUCGACGUCUCCGUGAGACCAGAGGUCCCGAUGAUCGCCGGCGCUGGGGAUCCCGUGGACCCCGCUUGGCCUCCACCUCGUCUGCGUCAUCCAUCGCUUCAGCCUCCGCCACCCUCCGCAGCUCCCGGGGCGGCAGCUCGGCGCGCAGGGUUCGUGCGCACGACGUGGAGAUGGUGGGCCAACUCGUGGGCAUCAUGGUGGUGUCGUGCAUCUGUUGGAGCCCUCUGCUGGUGUUGGUGGUGUUGGCCGUCGGGGGCUGGAACUCUAGCUCCCUGCAGCGACCGCUCUUUCUGGCUGUGCGCCUCGCAUCAUGGAACCAGAUCCUGGACCCCUGGGUGUACAUCCUGCUGCGCCAAGCCGUGCUGCGCCAACUGCUUCGCCUCCUGCCCCUGAGGGCCGGUGCUAAAGGUGGUCCAACAGAGCUGGACCUAACCAAGAGUGCCUGGGAGGCCAGUUCACUGCGUAGCUCCCGGCACAGUGGCUUUAGCCACCUCUGAACAUGCCCAGAAGCUAAGCCAAACCACUGGGCAGGGCUCAAGGGUGUAGAAAACCUCAAACAGCAUUCCAUGGGCAAUGUGUCCUGUGGCGCGGCGGCACACACUGUGACCGUAUAUUGGUGAAGGAGACUCCACCCCGACGAGUACAAUUCUAAUGUUGGCCACACGAUGGCGCAGACACAUGGGAUGUUCCAAAUAUCUGAGGUGGGAUUCCCCAGGUCAGGAGCUCCAAGAGCAUGUUCACAACCCUGAGUCCCGGAGCUCCCCUUAAAUGGAGCCACCACAACAGACUCUUGCAACCAUUCUGCUCACUUUGGUCCCUAACUAUACAGCCUCAAUAUACCCUGUACCCCACUACAA